AUGUUUAGCGAGCGCAUGUGUGAGAAAGAGAGAGAGAGAGAGAGAGAGCGAGAGAGAGAGAGAGUCAAGGGGUGGGCAUUCCUUUCUUCCGCGGACCUGUCGCACUAGAUAUUUAGCAUAAAGUCAGUCCCCCUCUGCAUGGGGAUCAAGCCUUCACUCUCCGCUAAAAACUUAUGACAGACAACACCGAGAGAGAGAGAAAGGGGAAACUGUCUCUUUUCGUUUGCUCAUCCUAAGGAACUUUCUACAUGACGACUGCGUCGUUUCAGAAAAGCAGCUAACACGCGUAAACGCAAAAGUUGUACAUUUUUUCGAGGAUUACCUCCACUAGACCGGGAUUCAUAGCCUGGCGGUCGAGGUGAUGGAUUUUAACCUUCUAACGGACAGUGAGGCACGUAGCCCGGCACUGUCUCUGUCAGACUCCGGGACUCCUCAGCACGAUCCGGGAUGCAAAGGCCAAGACAACAGUGACACAGAGAAGUCCCAUCAGAACCACACAGAUGAGUCGAACCCAGAGGACGGCUCUUUAAAGAAAAAACAGCGCCGGCAAAGGACACACUUUACCAGCCAGCAGCUCCAGGAACUUGAAGCCACCUUUCAGAGAAACCGCUAUCCUGACAUGAGCACGCGAGAGGAGAUCGCUGUGUGGACCAACCUCACAGAAGCAAGAGUACGGGUGUGGUUUAAAAACCGCCGCGCCAAAUGGAGAAAGCGAGAAAGGAACCAGCAAGCCGAGCUGUGCAAGAACGGCUUCGGCGCCCAGUUCAACGGACUCAUGCAGCCGUACGAGGACAUGUACUCGGGCUAUUCCUACAACAACUGGGCCACCAAGAGCCUGGCCAGCAGCCCGCUCUCAGCCAAAAGCUUUCCUUUCUUUAACUCCAUGAAUGUAAGCCCGCUGUCGUCCCAGCCAAUGUUCUCCCCGCCCAGCUCCAUCCCUUCCAUGAACAUGGCCUCCUCCAUGGUGCCCUCGGCGGUGGCAGGGGUGCCGGGCUCAGGCCUCAACAACCUGGGAAACCUGAACAACCUGAACAGCCCCACCCUCAAUUCUGCGGCAGUGUCGGCAGCGGCCUGCCCUUAUGCCACCACGGCCAGUCCGUACAUGUACAGAGACACCUGUAACUCCAGUCUGGCCAGCCUCCGGCUCAAGGCCAAACAGCACGCCAACUUCGCUUACCCGACCGUGCAGAACCCUGUGUCCAACCUAAGCCCCUGCCAGUAUGCUGUGGACCGGCCAGUAUGAAGUCCUAACGUCUAGCACUCCGAAAAACCCAACCCGAAUUUCAAGCUCUUGUCUAGCCAACCCCACAUUUGACUCCGAGGCAUCAUGAACUUGUUAUGGUUUCUGAAAGGACAGAAUAGGAAUAAGCUUCACGAGGAAAGGAGCCUCACAAUGGACCAGGACUCAUGCGAUAACAUGUCGAGACUUUGUCGCUGAACCGACCAACUGUUUAAAAGCUUUUGUCCACUGCAUGAUUAGAGAGAAGUACAAAAGAGGACCUAAACACUUCCACUGCGCUCACGGGAAGAAGUUGCAAAGCCAAACGAAUACCUGUUUUCAUCAUCAGUACAGACGAGAGGAUGUACAUAAUGGACUCUGUAUUGUAUGUGAUAAAAAAAAAAUAUUUCGGACAUGUAGUAUUUUAAUGAUGAGAGGAGCAUGUUCCUCACGAGCGGAUGUACCUCCUUGAGGAAUUUUAAUCUUUGUUGUGAAUUCCAUUCACUUAAGGUCAGAGGUCAAGGGUCAAAGGUUGUUGUAAGAUGACGAGACGAAACCUAGCAGUGAGUAGUUUCAGAUGAAAAGAAAAAAUAAAUACGGAAGAAGAAAAGCUCUGAAAAUUAGGACUUUUUUUUAAAGAAUUAACUAAAAAGCCAUUGAGUAAAUAGAUUUGUGUGGUGUUCUAAAAAAAAGGGAGUCUAUGACUGUAAUAUAAUGUAUGUAAGAGUGCAGUUGUUAUAAAACAAGCUUUUUCUGGUGU